CUCAAUCAAUCAAUCAAUCCAUCAACCAAUCGAUCGAUCGUAGCUCGAGUCCACUGCUUCUCUCGAGGCCUCCUCAAGGCCAAACCAAAAUGAUGAGCCCUCGGACUCGGAGAUCGGCGAUGUGGUCUGCAAUUCUCCUGGGCCUCGCGUCGCUUCUGCUUUCUUCUUCUUCUUCUUCUUCUGCCUCUGCUCUCGCAGCGGGAGAUGUCUCGACUCGCUUGCCCGACGCCGCAAGCCUCAAACCCGAUCUCAACCUACCGUUGUGUGCGUACACGGUGACGACGGUGACGGGGAAGAAGAUCGGGGCGGGGACGAGCAGCGUGAUCAGCCUGAGGAUGGAGAACAAGGGCGGCGAGAGCGUGUUCUUCUCGGAGCUGGACAACGGCAAGAGGCACUUCGAGCGAGGGCACACGGACAAAUUCGACAUGAUGGGCACGUGCGUCAGCGACCUGUGCAAGAUGACGCUGUACACGGACGACUCCUGGGACUUCGGCGACUGGUUCGUCGACACCGUCGCGGUCUCGGUCGUCACCUCGCGCGGCUCCGAGAAGCGCACCUGGGACGUGCACUCCUGGCUGCCCCGCGACGACGAGGCCGCCGAGCUCUUCCUCACCGUCGACGACUGCCCCAAGUAGUGCAAUCCCUCCUUCUCCCGGGCUCUUAAAUAUUUAAUCCAUUUCCCCCCCGCCCGCCCCCUUCCAGCACUCUGAUUUGGCUUCCAUGGCCUCGAUCAGUCCAUACAGUGCGAGUUUCCAUAGUAAGAUAAGAUUUAGAGCAGCAGCAGCAGCAGCAGCAAAAAGCUGAUUGUUCUCGUGUGAUCAUGAGAUGCAAUGUGGCGUAAAUUGCAAGCGAGUUUUCAAUACAAAAUCGUAUGGCCGAUCUCUUCU